AUGGCUUUUCAUAGCGUUUCAUCAAAUUUGGUGCGUUAUUUGACUAAUAAGCUCCAUCAAGGUACUGUGGCAUCGUCAAAUAAUGUCACCAAUUGGAUUGGAACUGUGUGGAUAAUGCCUAUCGUUGGCGCCUAUAUUGCUGAUGCUCAUUUCGGUCGGUAUUGGACCUUCAUCAUCGGAUCAAUCAUUUGUUUUUCGGGCAUGUGUGUCCUGACCCUCGCAGUCUCCCUCCCAUCUCUCAAACCUCCCCCUUGCGGCUCCGGCACCGCUGACCCCAACUGCACCAACAAAGCCUCCUCCUUACAGCUCGGCGUCUUCUUCUUCGGCCUCUACGUCAUCGCUCUCGGCACCGGCGGCACCAAACCAAAGCCCAACAUCUCCACCAUCGGCGCCGACCAAUUCGACGAGUUCCACCCGCGAGAGCGCAGGCAUAAAAUAUCCUUCUUCAACUGGUGGCUCUUCAGCAUUUUCUUCGGCACCCUGUUCUCCAACACCGUUAUCGUCUACAUCCAAGAUAAUUUUGGGUGGACUUUUGGCUAUGGGAUCCCCACACUUGGCCUGCUCAUUGCCAUACUAAUUUUUGUUACCGGAACACCAUUAUAUCGCCACAAGCCGGUGACUGGAAGUCCGUUUAUGAAAAUGACGCAGGUGGUGGUGGCGGCGAUGAAAAUGUAUCGAGUAAGCCUGCCGGAAGAUCCCAAGGAGCUAUAUGAGCUAGGGCUCCAUGAGUAUGAGCGCAACGGCAAAGUCCCGAUUGGUUACACUCCUUCAAUGAGAUUUCUUAGCAAAGCGGCGGUCAAAGCAGGAAAAUCCGGCAGCCCAUGGUCUCUCUGCUCCGUCACGCAAGUAGAGGAAACCAAGCAAAUGGUGAGAAUGAUCCCCAUUCUGAUAGCCACCUUCAUCCCCAGCACAAUGCUCGCCCAAGUGAACACUCUGUUCAUCAAACAGGGAACCACCCUCGACCGCCGCAUGGGCUCCCAUUUUCACAUCCCCCCUGCCAGUCUCCUCACCUUCGUCACCCUCGCCAUGCUCAUCUCCAUCGCCCUCUACGACCGCGCAUUCGUUCCCUUUGCUCGCCGUUUCACCGGAAACCCCCGCGGCAUCUCUCUGCUCCGCCGCAUGGGCGCCGGCAUGUUAUUCCACAUGCUCGUCAUGCUCGUCGCCUCCCUCACCGAGCGCCACCGCCUCUCCGCCGCCCGAUCGCACAGCAUCUCUACCAAAGACGCCACUGUUCCUCAAACUGUCUUCAUCCUCCUCCCACAGUUCGUGCUCAUGGGAAUCGCCGACGCCUUCCUUGAGCCGGCCAAGAUUGAAUUUUUCUAUGAUCAGGCGCCGGAAGGGAUGAAGAGUUUGGGGACUUCUUAUGCAAUGACGACGCUUGGGGUUGGAAAUUUUCUGAGCAGCUUUCUGCUGUCGACGACGGAGAAAGUGACGAGGAGGUUGGACGGCGGGGAGGGGGGUUGGAUACUCAAUAAUCUCAAUAAGUCUCAUUUGGAUUACUACUACGCUUUCUUUACCGUUCUGAAUGUUGUCAAUCUGUUCUUCUUCCUCUUUGUUAGCCGAUUCUAUGUUUAUAGGGCAGCAGGGCAGAGUUCAGUGCUGAGAUUGAGGCUGUUGAAGAAUCCAAUAAGGAGAAAUCCAAGAAUAUGGAUGGGUACCAAGACUCUACCUCUUGUUGAGCGUGGGGAUCCUAAAUUUGGUGUUGCGGCGAAUUUUGCAUAUGCCAAGUAUCUCAGACGCUCUGAAGGGUUGCUUGGAGAUGAAUCAGUGUUAUUGGUGGUGUGUGUUGAUGUUGGGGGUGAUGUUGUUAGUGGUGGUCUUGGUGUUCAUGAUACUGUUGGUGAUGUUAUUUAUCAUGAUGAUGAUGCUCUUGGUGGUUUGUGUAGAUGCUGGAGGUGGUUCCUCAGUGUCGUGAUGAUGGUUCUCUUGGUGGUGUGUGUAGAUGUUACUGUUAGUGCCAUGGUGAUGGUGCUCAUGGUGGCGUGUAUAGAUGUUGAGGCUGGUUCUUAUGUGCCACGACAAUGGUGCUCUUGGUGGAGUGUGCUGAUGUUAGGGGUUGUGUUGUUAGUGAUGAUGUGGGUGUUUGUGGUUUUUUGUGAUGUUUCCUUCCAGUUGGUUUUUUGA